CGAAGAACAUACGAUAUAUCCCUGGAAUUGAAGUUUCUAGUAUCCUAGCCGAAGGGGAUUUGCUUGCUUGCCGCUCUGAUUUCAUGUACCUUCUUUCAAGGUCUACUCAUCAGUAGAGUUGUAAAACAUAAUGCUGACAGGAAGAGAGAGCUUGAUCAGAUUGAUUGGCAGACGCAGAAGAUUCCUCCCUAAUCGCAAAUCUCUUCUCUCUAGACCUCUCCAGAGUUCCCUGAAUUUCUGCAUUGAUAAGAAUGGAAAAAUCAAUUCAACUGAGAGUGUUGCAAAAUCAUCUGAGGAUAAAAUGAGUCCCUCUGGAGCUGUAGAAAAUGAAAAAGGCGUUGCUGAUGAGAUGUUGUCUUCUGAUUGGGUAAACUGUCCUGUUUGCGGGAAAAAAUUCCAAGGAGGGGAUUAUAUGAUCAAUUCACAUCUGGAUUCAUGUCUGUCAAGAGGAACCAAACGAAAAUUGACGCAGCGCACCCUACUGCAGUUGAAUUUUUGCUCAAGAUCAAAAGUUCAACUUCUUUCUAAUGGAUCAGAGCGACUGGCGAUGAAUGCAAUUCAUACAGGUCCUGGGCAUUCACUUGCAAAGAAAGCUACUCAUAGAUUCCCCAACCUUGUUGUGGCCGAAGAAAAUGAUCACAAGGCAUGCGGACAGCUGUUGAACUUGGGGUCCGUUGAACAAAGUCACAGCGAUUGUUUGGCUGAAAAUCCUAUUAGUGAUUCAACUAUUCACUGCAAGGUUGACAGACUAUUUUCCCCAAAUAGCGAGGUGCCUGAAUGUUGUACAGAUACAACAUCGGCUGAAAUAUCUGCAGUGACUCUUCAAACUUUUAUUGUUGGUCGUAGGUUCAGUGAUGAAAGGAUGCUAAGUUUUGGGAUGAGCAUCUUUCUUCUUAGAGAUCCUGCUAACAUUAAGGACCGGAAUGCUAUCAAGGUUCUCUCUGCAGAUUCUGGUGUCAGCAAAGUGCUUGGUUAUCUUCCUCGAGAGUUAGCUCAAUACUUGUCUCCAUUAAUUGAGAAGUAUUGCUUGAACUUUGAGGGACGAGUGGCUGCUCUUCCAAAAUAUUAUCCUGAAGUUGUUCCCAUUGAUAUUACGUGUAACAAGAUGACAUCCAAUGAUGACAAAGAAUACAAGGAUUUUGGAGAUUUUAAAGUUUUGUGGGAAAAAGUCCUUCAGGUUGUUGAAUCUCAGAGGAAACAUCCGCCCACUAUGAUGAAGUAUCAGCAAAAUUUUAACCUGGUGAUAAACGAGGUCCUAGGGAACAAUUCUCAUCUUUUCACGGUUGAUGAAAAAGAUUUUUUGGAAUCACUCACCUCAGCCUCGGAGGAUAGCCAGAGGCUAUUUAUUCGGCUUUACACACGGAAAGGUGCUUCAUUUGCCAAUUUCAUUUGUUUUUAUGUUUUGGUUUUUUCAUGUUAUUUUCCUUGUAAUAUGAUCCCAUUAUUAUGGCAGAUAGCCAAGCUAAUAAAUAUUCCAUGGAAUGUUACCUCUUCUAAGAGGUCCUUUGAUGUCUUAGAAGUGUUGCAAGUCUGGAAGAAAAAAAAAAGUUUUCUGUCUUCAUCAACUUGGUUUCCAAUGUGCAGUCCGCUCCUCCCAAGCUUGAUUUCAGAUAAAACAGGGUUUUGUGUUAGGAUAUCUUCACAAGCUGAAUCCCUUGUCUGGCGUGCUGAGAGGCUUUUCUUUCUGAAUGGGGAGCAGGAUCUGUCAUCUUUUGUAUUGGUGAAUAUGGGGAUCGUCAAGUAUCCAUCUUACAAGUGCAUAAUCACAGAGCGAAUCUUCUCCUGUCAAGUGGAGCUGCUUGCUUAUGAAGAGGCUAUUGAAGUUGCACAAAUAAUGGAUCAAUCUCUUGAUAAAAACGAGAUUGAUAUGGUGUUGAGAUGCAUCACGAUAGCUGACUCCCAUAUUUCCAGCUCUUAUACAAAAGAAUUUAAAUCCAGAACAUCUAAAUCAGUUGCUGCAUUCAGUUCACGGUUUACUGCAUCAUGGGUUUACUCAAAGGUGGCUCUAUUAGGAAUUUCCUUCCUUGAGCGUGAGCGCAGGUACAAUGAUGCAGUUUAUCUACUCAGGCUCUUACUUGAUUGUCUCAAUUGUGAUGGAAGAAGAGGAUAUUGGAUAUUAAGAUUGUCUGUUGAUUUGGAGCACAUGGACCUGCCCAAUGAGAGCCUGUCAGUUGCAGAAAAUGGAUUAUUAGAUCCAUGGGUACGUGCUGGUUCAAGAAUGGCACUGCAAAGGCGAAUUCUUCGCUUAGGAAAACCUCCAAGACGUUGGAAAACUCCAAGUUUUUCAGAUUAUAUCAAGAGAAAAAUCCCAGAGGUUCAUAUUCAAGGGAGACCUUUGAAUUGCGAAACUGGUACAAAGAGCAGGUUUUAUGGAGAUGAUGGGGAACAAUGCGGUGUAGAGCAGCUCGCAUUGCAGUAUUAUGCUGGGGAAGGUGGAGGGUGGCAGGGUGUUCAUUCUGAAAGUGGCAUUUGGUUGACUAUCUUCGGACUUCUUAUGUGGGAUAUUUUAUUUUCUGACGUGCCAAAUGUUUUCCGCACCAAAUUUCAGACUGCUCCCCUGGAUUUGGAGACCGAUGGCUUUUAUUUAACAAGGGAGAGUCUUAUAGAGUCUCACCUUAAGAAAAUCAAUGAUGGUAUGGCUGAAGAGAUGCUCAUCACAUCAUGGGAAUUGCAUUUGGGGACAAAUUGUAGAGGAGUUCAUUGGGAAAGGCAUUCUCUCUCUGAACUCCGGGCAGCUGUCACGUGCAUUGGAGGUCCUUGUUUAUCCUCACUCUGCCGACAUCUUGCUCAAGAUUACAAGAGCUGGUCCAGUGGAAUGCCAGAUUUAUUGCUAUGGCGCUUCCACGGAGACUACAGAGGUGAAGCAAAGCUUGUUGAAGUUAAAGGUCCAAGGGAUCGACUCUCUGAACAACAACGAGCAUGGCUAUUGCUUCUAAUGGAUUGUGGGUUCAAUACAGAGGUCUGUAAAGUAAGCCCUUUGCCGCUAUCUACAUGAGAGACAUUUGCAUUUGUAUUGAUGACUUUCUCGAAUGCAUUUACCUUAGCAAUCUCUUCAACAAUAAGAUGAAAGAAGGGAACCCAUAUGAGGCAAUGAGCUUAGCCACAUAGUUAAGCACUUGUCUCUCAGUUAUGAGGGGUCUCGUUUCUAGUUCCUGCAUGUGCUGCUACAAAGUGUCAGAGGGGAAAAAGCAAAAAA